AGUCGGGUAAAUCACGGCAUCAAGAACAAGCUCCUCGCCCAUCUCUCUCUCUCCUCUCUCUCUCCUUCCUCGAAAGGAAAAGAUUGAAUCUUCCCAUUUCCGACCGGAUGAAAAAGCUCUGAUCUUUAUUACCUCGUUCGGUUGGUUAACGGGCAUCCGAGAUUGAUCGAGCAUCGGCAUUGUGCGAGGGGGGAUUGAGGACCCUUCGGAUCGUUCUGGGUUUCGCGAUGAUGGAGGUCAUGAAAUGCUCGAGCAUGCACUCGGCGGUUGUUCGUGUCCGUCGGUAGAUGAGAGCUUGUUCUGAUUCCGAUAGGCAAACGUGGGGGGGCGAGGGCUGUCGCGGUGCUGCGUGCUGGCUAGGGCUUCGCGUUUCGAGGUUUCGAAGUUCUUCCGAUCGAGCAAUGCGCGCGCGCUGCUGAGGCCGUUGGCGACUUGAAAUCGCGGGUUCUCUCUGUGUGGUUUGGACUCGGAGCGGAAGGGGGGCGUGGGCGAGAGUUUAGUCUUUUCGUGUUUCGAUGAGUUGGCGAUGAGGUGUGCAGGAGAGGAAUGGAGGUUAGAUCGGAGGGCGGCAUUCAGGUGAGGUGCGACAAGCUACCGGCCCCGGUGAUCCCGAGGACGAGGUUGCAGGUUUGGUUCAUAUGGGUGUGCUCCAGCAUCUUGCUGUGGACCUGUUUGGUCCAGCUGGUCACGGUUGGGGAGCUGUGGCGGCCACAUUUCUUCGAGAGGAUAUCGAAUCGGCUGUCGCAUUCUAAUCCUCUGCCGCUUGUCAUUGAAGAGACGGUUCGGCUGCGGCCGCCGCCGCCGCCUUCUUUGCUUGCCGCAAGGAACUAUACAAGUAAUGGUUUUCUAAAAGUGUCUUGCAAUGGGGGUCUAAAUCAAAUGCGAGCUGCGAUCUGUGACAUGGUGACUAUUGCUCGCCUUUUGAAUCUCACUUUGGUAGUUCCGGAGCUCGAUAAAACAUCUUUUUGGGCUGACCCUAGUAAUUUUGAGGAUAUCUUUGACGUGAGACAUUUCAUUGAUUCCCUAAGAGAUGAAGUUCGGAUUGUAAGAAGGCUGCCAAAGCGAUAUCAGCAGAAGUAUGGUUACCAACCCUUGCGGAUGCCCCCUGUUAGCUGGUCAAACGAAAAGUAUUAUUUGGAACAGAUUUUGCCACUAUUUAGCAAGCAUAAGGUGGUACAUUUCAAUAGAACGGAUGCUCGUUUGGCAAACAAUGGAAUUUCACUAGAUCUUCAGAGGCUCAGAUGUCGAGUCAACUUUCAGGCUCUAAAGUUUACUCCUCAGAUCGAGGCUCUGGGGAGCAAAUUAGUCCGUCUCCUUCGAGAAAAGGGGCCUUUCAUGGCUUUGCAUCUAAGAUACGAGAUGGAUAUGUUGGCUUUCUCCGGAUGCACCCAUGGCUGUACAGCAGAAGAAGCUGAAGAGCUCAAGCGAAUGAGGUAUGCAUUUCCCUGGUGGAGGGAGAAAGAGAUUGUAUCUGAGGAAAGGAGAUCACAAGGUCUGUGUCCUCUGACUCCGGAAGAGACAUCACUAGUUUUACAGGCACUAGGUUUUGACAAAGACACGCAGAUUUACAUCGCAUCUGGAGAGAUCUAUGGCAGCGAAUGGAGAUUAGCCGCAUUAAGGGCUGCAUUUCCACGGAUUGUUAAAAAGGAGAUGCUGCUGGAUGCAAAGGAGUUGCAGCAGUUCCACAAUCACUCGUCACAAAUGGCGGCUUUAGAUUUUAUGGUAUCAAUAGCCAGCAAUACUUUCAUCCCCACAUAUGAUGGAAAUAUGGCAAAACUUGUGGAAGGUCACCGCAGAUAUCUUGGAUUUAAGAGAACCGUUCUCUUAGAUCGUAAAAGGCUUGUGGUGUUACUGGAUUUGCAACAGAAUGGGACACUUUCACGGAAUGAUUUUGAAGUUGCUGUACGUCUGGCACAUGAGAAGAAGAUGGGACAGCCAAGUCAUCGUAGAGUUAUUGUCGAUAAGCCCAAGGAGGAGGAUUACUUCUAUGCAAAUCCUCUGGAGUGCGUUUGUGAGCAACCUGACUGUGAUGAUUUACUAGGUCCAGGCAGGAGGAACUCCAGUGACGUCCCUAGUUGAUUGCCGGUGAUGAUCAACUAUUGUCACGUGAACAUGUUCCACAUAAUAUGUUCAUGGGCUUGGGAUUCAAGUUGAUCUCUACAAAAGUUGUUGCGCACGGUACAGCUGCAUUAUUUUUCCUUACAAGGAUAUACGAAGACACUCUUGAAUUUGAUGCUCGAGCUACUCCGCUUUCAUCAUCAUGAAUGGAUUUCUGUUUGACCAUGAUAAGCAAAUGCCCGAGAGCCCGACAAGAAGCAGGAAGCAAGGAAUUCUGGUCUUCCUUUUAGGGCAGCUACAAAGAUAAAUUUAUCAUUUUUUCUUGUCCAUAGUUAACGAUUGUAAUCUGUUGAGAAGUCGCUGAAAAUGAGAGUGUACAUUUUGCUCUUUUUGUGCUAACGCAGAAUGAAAGCUUAUUUGGUUCC